AUGGAACGAGGAAGUAAAAGUGAGAAUCUAGCCAUGGAGGCAAGUGGAGGCAGGGGGGCAGGAAAUCAAAGGUUUAAGAGAACCAUGAGAGAACUAGUUCAAAUCCAUAAACCAGAGUUACUCAUACUUAUGGAGACCAAAGUGGAAUUUAAAUCUAUGGGAAUGUUCUUUAAUUGCAUGGGCUUCACUGCUUUUGCUCAUGUGGAUCCGAUUGGCUGCAGUGGAGGCAUUUGGAUGAUUUGGAAUCCAAAUAUGGUUAAUGUUAGAGUAGUUGAGGCUAGUUCCCAAUUGAUUACAACAACUAUAUCCAGACAAGACUUCCCAGAUUGGCUACUUUCAGCAGUCUAUGCAAGCCUAAACAACAACAAACGUGAAGAACUUUGGGAGUACCUAGAAGCAAUUUUGCAGAAUAUGACUGAUCCUUGGCUAGUUGCAGGGGAUUUUAAUGACUUCUCCACCAGUAAUGAAAAAAGGAGCUUCAUUGGCUGCUCAGGACCGAGGCUAACUUGGUCUAAUAAUCAGAAAGGAUGGGCUAAUACCAUGGUUAGGCUGGAUAGAGCUAUGUGUAAUACGGAGUGGAGAACUAGCUUUCCUGAUGGAGCUGUUCACAACUUGCCUCACACAUAUUCUGACCAUUCCCCUAUGAUGGUGUUCACACAAGGUAUGUCUCCUUUUAAUCCUACUUGUAAGCUGUUUAAAUUCCUUAUUGCUUGGAUUACUCAUGAUGACUUCAAAUCUGUGGUUACUAAGAGCUGGACCAAUCCUCACCCAUCUCUAUUAAGUAAGCUUGAAACUCUUGCUCAUGGAGCCAGUGUUUGA